UUCCUGAAAGCUCACUCUUCUCACCAAUGCCUUCAGAGGAAAAGGCUGCUUCCCCUCCCAAACCACCGCUUUCAAAUGCCUCGGCAACUCCAGUUGGGAGAAGGGGCCGUCUGGCCAACCUUGCUGCAACUAUUUGCUCCUGGGAAGAUGAUGUAAAUCACUCAUUUGCAAAACAAAACAGUGUACAAGAACAGCCUGGUACCGCUUGUUUAUCCAAAUUUUCCUCUGCAAGUGGAGCAUCUGCUAGGAUCAAUAGCAGCAGUGUUAAGCAGGAAGCUACAUUCUGUUCCCAAAGGGAUUGCGAUGCCUCUUUGAAUAAAGCCCCAUCCUCAAGUGCUGAUGAUGCAUCUUUGGUUAAUGCCUCAAUUUCCAGCUCUGUGAAAGCUACUUCUUCUCCAGUGAAAUCUACUACAUCUAUCACUGAUGCUAAAAGUUGUGAGAGACAAAAUCCUGAGCUACUUCCAAAAACUCCUAUUAGUCCUCUGAAAACGGGGGUAUCGAAACCAAUUGUGAAGUCAACUUUAUCCCAGACAGUUCCAUCCAAGGGAGAAUUAAAUAGAGAAAUUUGUCUGCAAUCUCAAUCUAAAGACAAAUCUACAACACCAGGAGGAGCAGGAAUUAAGCCUUUCCUGGAACGCUUUGGAGAGCGUUGUCAAGAACAUAGCAAAGAAAGUCCAGCUCGUAGCACACCUCACAGAACCCCCAUUAUUACUCCAAAUACAAAGGCCAUCCAAGAAAGAUUAUUCAAGCAAGACACAUCUUCAUCUACUACCCAUUUAGCACAACAGCUCAAGCAGGAACGUCAAAAAGAACUAGCAUGUCUUCGUGGCCGAUUUGACAAGGGCAGCAAUAUAUGGAGUGCAGAAAAAGGCGGAAACUCAAAAAGCAAACAACUAGAAACCAAACAGGAAACUCACUGUCAGAGCACUCCCCUCAAAAAACACCAAGGUGUUUCAAAACCUCAGUCACUUCCAGUAACAGAAAAGGUGACCGAAAACCAGAUUCCAGCCAAAAAUUCUAGUACAGAACCUACAGGUUUCACUGAAUGCGAAAUGACGAAAUCUAGCCCUUUGAAAAUAACAUUGUUUUUAGAAGAGGACAAAUCCUUAAAAGUAACAUCAGACCCAAAGGUUGAGCAGAAAAUUGAAGUGAUACGUGAAAUUGAGAUGAGUGUGGAUAAUGAUGAUGAUAUCAAUAGUUCGAAAGUAAUUAAUGACCUCUUCAGUGAUGUCCUAGAGGAAGGUGAACUAGAUAUGGAGAAGAGCCAAGAGGAGAUGGAUCAAGCAUUAGCAGAAAGCAGCGAAGAACAGGAAGAUGCACUGAAUAUCUCCUCAAUGUCUUUACUUGCACCAUUGGCACAAACAGUUGGUGUGGUAAGUCCAGAGAGUUUAGUGUCCACACCUAGACUGGAAUUGAAAGACACCAGCAGAAGUGAUGAAAGUCCAAAACCAGGAAAAUUCCAAAGAACUCGUGUCCCUCGAGCUGAAUCUGGUGAUAGCCUUGGUUCUGAAGAUCGUGAUCUUCUUUACAGCAUUGAUGCAUAUAGAUCUCAAAGAUUCAAAGAAACAGAACGUCCGUCAAUAAAGCAGGUGAUUGUUCGGAAGGAAGAUGUUACUUCAAAACUGGAUGAAAAAAAUAAUGGCUUUCCUUGUCAAGUUAAUAUCAAACAGAAAAUGCAGGAACUCAAUAACGAGAUAAAUAUGCAACAGACAGUGAUCUAUCAAGCUAGCCAGGCUCUUAACUGCUGUGUUGAUGAAGAGCAUGGAAAAGGGUCCCUAGAAGAAGCUGAAGCAGAAAGACUUCUUCUAAUUGCAACUGAGAAGAGAACACUUUUGAUUGACGAAUUGAAUAAAUUGAAGAGCGAAGGACCUCAGAGGAAGAAUAAGGCUAGUCCUGUAUCCCAAAGUGAAUUUAUGCCAUCCAAAGGAUCAGUUACUUUGUCAGAAAUCCGCUUGCCUCUAAAAGCAGAUUUUGUCUGCAGUAUGGUUCAGAAACCAGAUGCAGCAAAUUACUAUUACUUAAUUAUACUAAAAGCAGGAGCUGAAAAUAUGGUAGCCACACCAUUAGCAAGUACUUCAAACUCUCUUAACGGUGAUGCUCUGACAUUCACUACUACAUUUACUCUGCAAGAUGUAUCCAAUGACUUUGAAAUAAAUAUUGAAGUUUACAGCUUGGUGCAAAAGAAGGAUCCCUCAGGCCUUGAUAAGAAGAAAAAAACAUCCAAGUCCAAGGCUAUUACUCCAAAGCGACUCCUCACAUCUAUAACCACAAAAAGCAACAUUCAUUCUUCAGUCAUGGCCAGUCCAGGAGGUCUCAAUGCUGUGCGAACCAGCAACUUUGCCCUUGUCGGAUCUUACACAUUAUCAUUGUCUUCAGUAGGAAAUACUAAGUUUGUUCUGGACAAGGUCCCCUUUUUAUCUUCUUUGGAAGGUCAUAUUUAUUUAAAAAUAAAAUGUCAAGUGAAUUCCAGUGUUGAAGAAAGAGGUUUUCUAACCAUAUUUGAAGAUGUUAGUGGUUUUGGUGCCUGGCAUCGAAGAUGGUGUGUUCUUUCUGGAAACUGUAUAUCUUAUUGGACUUAUCCAGAUGAUGAGAAACGAAAGAAUCCCAUAGGAAGGAUAAAUCUGGCUAAUUGUACCAGUCGUCAGAUAGAACCAGCCAACAGAGAAUUUUGUGCAAGACGCAACACUUUUGAAUUAAUUACUGUCCGACCACAAAGAGAAGAUGACCGAGAGACUCUUGUCAGCCAAUGCAGGGACACACUCUGUGUCACCAAGAACUGGCUGUCUGCAGAUACUAAAGAAGAGCGGGAUCUCUGGAUGCAAAAACUCAAUCAAGUUCUUGUUGAUAUUCGCCUCUGGCAACCUGAUGCUUGCUACAAACCUAUUGGAAAGCCUUAAACUGGGAAAUUUCCAAGUUAUCUAGAGGUUUUUGAUGUCAUCUUAAGAAACACACUUAAAAGCAUCAGAUUUACUGAUUGCAUUUUAUGCUUUAAGUAUGAAAGGGUUUGUGCCAAUAUUCACUACGUAUUAUGCAGUAUUUAUAUCUUUGUAUGUAAAACUUAACUGAUUUCUCUUCUGUCAUUCAUCAAUGAGUAGAAGUAAAUACCUUAUAGUUGAUUUUGCUAAAUCUUAAUUUAAAAGCCUCAUUUUCCUAGAAAUCUAAUUAUUCAGUUAUUCAUGACAAUAUUUUUUUAAAAGUAAGAAAUUCUGAGUUGUCUUCUUUGAGCUGUAGGUCUUGAAGCAGCAAUGUCUUUCAGGGGUUGGAGACAGAAACCCAUUCUCCAAUCUCAGUAGUUUUUUCGAAAGGCUGUGAUCAUUUAUUGAUCGUGAUAUGACUUGUUACUAGGGUACUGAAAAAAAUGUCUAAGGCCUUUACAGAAACAUUUUUAGUAAUGAGGAUGAGAACUUUUUCAAAUAGCAAAUAUAUAUUGGCUUAAAGCGUGAGGCUGCCUUCAUAAAAGAGAUGUGGACACAGGAGGCAAUGUGUGAGACUUGGGGGUUCAAUAUUUUAUAUAGAAGAGUUAAUAAGCACAGGGUUUACAUUUACUCAGCUACUAUAUAUGCAGUGUGGUGCACAUUUUCAUAGAAUUCUGGCUUCAUUAAGAUCAUUUUUGCUGCAUAGCUUACAGACUUAGCAUAUUAGUUUUUUCUACUCCUACAAGUGUAAAUUGAAAAAUCUUUAUAUUAAAAAAGUAAACUGUUAUGAAGCUGCUAUGGACUAAUAAUACUUUGCUUGCCAAAGUGUUUGGGUUUUGUUGUUUGUUUGUUUGUUUGUUUGUUUGUUUUUGGUUCAUGAACAACAGUGUCUAGAAACCCAUUCUGAAAUUGGAAAAUUAUUAAGUCACGUAUCACCUUUAAACACCUUUUUUUAAAAUUAUAAAAUAUUGUAAAGCAGGGUCUCAACUUUUAAAUACACUUUGAACUUCUUCUCUGAAUUAUUAAAGUUCUUUAUGACCUCAUUUAUAAACACUAAAUUCUGUCACCUGUCAUUUUAUUUUUUAUUCAUUCAAAUGUAUUUUUUCUUGUGCAUAUUAUAAAAAUAUAUUUUAUGAGCUGUUACUCAAAUAAAUACCUGUAAAUGUCUAAAGGAA